ACCAUGAGCCGCUGGCUGCUGCCUGCCCUGGCGCUCUGGGCUGUGAGCGGAGGGGACGCUCUGCCAGCCUGUAACUACCCGCCCAGGCUCUGGUGCAGCUCCUGGAAAAUCGCUGUGGCCUGCCAGGUGGAGAAGCAAUGCCCCAACCUCCACCACCGCGCCCCGGCAGCCAACCCGGUGUCUCUGAGCCUGUAUUACGAGAGCCUGUGUCCAGGCUGUGCUGGCUUUCUGGUCGUCCAGCUCUUCCCCACCUGGGUGAUGCUGCGGGACAUCAUGAACAUCACACUGGUGCCCUACGGAAACGCCGCGGAGAAGAACGUCAGCGGGAAGUGGCAGUUUGAUUGCCAGCACGGCCAGGAGGAGUGUCUGGGGAAUAUGAUUGAGACCUGCCUGAUGAACCAGCUGCGGGACGUCGAUCAGUAUUUCCCGGUGAUCUUCUGCAUGGAAUCCGGCAGCUCCGUGGUCGACAACCUCGCCGCUUGUCUGAAGAUCUAUGCCCCGGACACCAAGCUGGCCGACAUCCAAGCGUGCGUGACGGGGGACGUAGGGAACAAGCUGAUGCAUCAAAACGCUCAACUGACGGCCGCCCUCGACCCGCCCCAUAAAUACGUGCCGUGGAUCCUCGUCAACGGGAAACACACGGACACGCUGCAGGCCCGAGCCCAGUCGGCUCUGUUCCAGCUGGUCUGUGAGCUGUACACGGGUGAAAAGCCAGAUGCCUGCAAAGACAAGGCGAUUCUUCAGAAGACCGAAAAUCUCUGCCUGAAUUAACCCCCAGCCUAGGGCCCCUGCCUGCACCCCAGCACGUGGCCUUGCAGUCGGGGCGCCCUGACAGCCAGAGGCAGCAGGGGAUCUAUUUUGGCUAGGUCUGAGGCUGGCUGCGGGCUCAUGCCCAAUACAUUCUGCUGCAGUGGAGCUGGGAGAAAAGGCACGAGACGGUUUGAAUUUGGACACGAGAAUUGGAAGCCUCUCUUCUGGCCAGAUGGCAACAGCAGGGCCUGCGGAGGGGGGAAGCAGGUUAAAAGAGCAAGUGCUGCUGGAGAGAGGCAUUUGGUCACCCGGAGGCAGCCUGGCCAGCAGGGGCUGGGAAGGGCUUCCGGCUGCCUAGGCCUGGAACCCCUGAUCUUCUUGGCCCUUCUCUCCGCUGGCUGCCCUCUCUGGCCUCUCCAGCUCUCUGUACAGGUUCAGUAAGGGAGGGUACCUUCUGUCUCGCUCCCCCUGGGCUGGAACCUGCAGACGUUCCAACCCUACAGCUCUGGGAGGUGGUUCCCCAGCAGUUUCCUUAGGUUGUGCCGCUCGCAGGGCGCUGUGCCUGUGGCAGGGAACGAGGCUGAUUGGCCGACUGAUGCUUGACCCUUUGCCUCUACUGAUGCCUUAUGUGAACUAGCUCCUCUGGCCCCUCUAACCACCAACAGCGCCAGGUCCUCAAACAUCCUGCCCCCCUCCAGGAAAUGUCCCUGGGUCACUAGGCUCCAUGCUCCUGCACAAACAGACCGAUGCCUUCCCCUCCCCAGGCUGUCGCUUGCUCCCUUCUCGCUGCUGUACUGGUGUUGGUGUCCCAAAUACAGAUCCCUGGGGCUCGGGUUAAGAAUGUCCUUCUUGCCAA